AGAGAGACGAUUAUGGUGGCAAGUGAUUACAGGUGGCCCAGGUGUUAAGAAUAGGGCGCUCUACGAGAAAGAAGCUCGAGUAAAAUGAUACACAGCGGCUCAAGCUCCUAGCGGAGAAACCGUCCCAAGUCUCUCGCAGCCUUACUACUCGAAGCCACGAAUAACUCCCAAAACUGUGGUGCGUGCUAGGAUACCAUUCAAAAAAUUUAUCUUCACAGUAGCGUUUCCUCAUUUUUGGAUUAGGUGAACGACCCUGUUUAGCCGGCUUAGCUACUUCUUUUGGAUUUGCUGAGAAAGCAGUGGCUAUGAAGGUAAGACUUGGCACAGUCAUGUCUAUUUUUCCUCAGUCUUGGGGAGUAAUGUUGAUAGCAUGCCCAAUACUCAUGUUGGUAAUGGUCAUGUCCUUAUUUGUAAUCAGCUCACAUUGGAUUGAAAGCUACAGGCCAUGUGAAGAGACCCUCAAGUUACAAGAAAAUCUUGUAAAUGAACUUAGUGACAUUCACCAACAAUUGCAGGAAUUCCUCCUGUUGAAAAAGGAACCAUCGAAAGAAUUGGCUGAGCAGUUAGAAGAAGUUAUAAAACAGCUUGAUAGAAAGGAAGCUGUGGAAAGUGUGGGCAACAAUGAUACUAUUUUGGAUGUGUGUCCAGAAGUUUACAAGGGGACAAACUUAAGCUCCCUUGAGAAUGUUUGGGUGAUGACCAACUGUACCAAUGUUAAACCUCUUGAUUCUGUUGUAAGUGUUCUGGUCAACACUGUUGCAUAUCCCAAGCAAGAUGAGGGCCAUAUUGAAACCAUUAUAAAAGGCAUAACAGAGACUUACCCAACAGUUCAGGUCUAUUUGGCAACAGGAAGUGACAAUGUAAUAAAAGCUACCCGAAAUUAUAAAAAUGUUGAUGUUGUUUUGAUUGAUAAAGCUCAAGUAGCUAAGGGAUGGAACAUUCUGGUAAGGAAAGCCUCUACUCCUUAUGUGCUGGUUGCACGUGAUGUGUUUCACUUCACAUGGCUAACACAACUUGAGAGGCAGAUUCGUGUUAUCAGUCAGAUACCACAUGUUGAGGUUGCUGGUGGAUCAUACCGUAACUUCUCUGGUCACUGGAAAGCAGGAUGUGUCCAAACUACGAUGAAGAACUACGUCUUAAAGUACCAAGAGGGAUACUUGCACUCAAAGAAUGAAUGCAUGUUCUGUGAUUAUCUUCAGGGACCUUUUGUAACCAAAACAAGUCUGUUCAAGCUUGAUGAGAUGCUUCCAAAUGAAGUUUUGUUUGAAGACUGGUUUUCAAGUAUUGUUCAGAAAGGCAGCUUAGUGAUGUCAUGUCCAGAUGCUAUGUAUUUUACAACAGAUUACUGGUCGUAUUCCAAGAGAACUGAUAGAGAUGUUUGGACCCCUUUGGCUAAGAAAUGGCAUUUAAAUAAAGUGCUUCUGCCAGAAGGGAUAAAGCAUUCCUUCUCUUGUAAAGACAUUGAAGUUACUUGCAAACCUGACCAUGAACUACUCCCUUUGUGCUGCCUAGAAUGGUAUGCUGAUGCCUUGGCAUUUUUUCAGAAUUUUACUGAAGCUCACAAUCUAACAUUUGAACUUGAUUGUGGUUCUGCAUUGGGUGGUGUCAAGUUCAAAGGCCUUAUUGCUUGGGACAUAGAUGGAGAUUUGACUUUCCUUUAUACUGGUAUGAACAUUUUUGGUGAAAAUAGAACAAUUGAUUAUUUCCAGAACAAUGGGUACAAGUUACUGAGUUUUGAACCACAAGUGCAAGGAGGUAGUGCUGGAUAUGUGAAUGUCCAUUUCAAUGGGUUUGAUAUUGAAGUAUGGGGAAUGGGUGACCUGACAAAUAAAAGAUAUCUCCCCAGUGAACUGCAGAAAUAUGAAACAUAUACAAAAGCCAACAUUGAAGGUUACUGGAUUAAUACACCAUUUUCUCCUGGUUUGUUCUCAAGAAAUCGCUAUGGAAGAGAAGUGCUUAAACAUUCUCAGUCCUGGCGUAGGACAGCUUCUAAAGACAGUUGGAUUAAUUAUAAGUCUGGUAGGUUUAUGCCUUGUGAGAGGUCAAGUGGUUAUGGUUGUGUACAUGAUUUCCCUGCUGAUGGUAACAUCCCAUUUUCAAUAACUUAACCACUUUCAUUUAAUAAUGCAGAGUGUUUGACAGAUGAGAUUUGUCCUGAUAUUGGACUGUUGGAAGUCUCUAGCCUGAAUUAAGGGGAGAUCACCAUGGAAUACAGGAAAGAGUUGUCAUAUUUUUCACUAUUAUUAUUUAUGGGAAAU